AUGGGUUCCUGCUCGAUCCCAACCGCUACGCUCCAUCGCACCGCUUCAAGAGUAGGCGCUUGCGCAGCUGCAUCGUGCUUCAUUGUCGUUUUGACCCGACUAAACAAAUUGGUAAAAAUGCCAUUUUUGGGUAAACUUUUUGACAAAAAGCGCAAACGAAAGCAGACUACACCCACGUCCGAAGAGGCAAUCAACAAUUUACGUGACAUUGAAGCGAUACUUGUGAAGAAACAGGAGUAUUACGAGGAGAAGAUUGCUACGGAAAUUGCUACUGCGAAAAAGCACGGCACAAAGAAUCAAAAGCUUGCAUUAGCCGCCCUGAAACGAAAAAAACACCACGAGACUGAAUUGUCGAGGAUUGACGGGGUGCUAAUGAAAAUCGAAGCACAACGAACUGCUCUAGAGGAUGCGGGUCUCAACAUGGAGGUGGUGGGUGUGCUCGACCACACUACAAAUGCUCUCCGCGUUGCUAAUCAGAACUUGGACAUCGACAAGGUAGGAGAGCUAAUGGAUAGCAUCGCUGAAGACCUACAGUUGUCCGACGAAUUCGCCAACGCAAUUAGCCAACCAAUCGGUGACGUUCAUGAUGAGGACGAGCUAAUGAAGGAGUUGGAAGAACUCGAAAAGGGCCCUAUCGCUGCUGUUGAACUUCCAGAUGUUCCAGCUGGUCCCAUAACCCGAGCACGCGCUAGUCGCGAUAAAUUACGACGUAUGGAUACAGAAAUGGAAGAGCUGCAGAAAUGGGCUGCUGCUAACUAG